GAUAUUUUCAUCUGAGCCACUGGACGACACAGAAGCAUCCCCCCAUCAGCUCUACAAAAACUGUUGUAUGCUUAUAUGUUAGUGCUUGUUCUGAUUUGUCCCGAGAUCCACCAAAAAUAUUUUGCAAUCCACGUAUUGGCCACCACUGCUGUACUUAUCGAUUGACCGCGGAACACAUUGGGUGUGGUUUUGUUUCUACCAGGUCGUCUUUCAGGGGGGUGCUAUUGUGUGGUACCCACGUGGGAAUAUCAUGCUUGUAACCAAAACAUCCCUUUAAAGAGUGAGUUAUAUGCUUUUCUAAAGCGAAGUGAGGAUAGAUUACAAUAAUCAAAAGUGAAAACUAAUAAUGGUGGGCAAGAUAAAGCGAGUCCGCCAGAAGCUUCAUCAUGAGGCAGUGAAGCUGACGCAGGAGACCAGAGAAAAAUCAGGGAAUUCCGCCCGUGAGUCGGUAAAGCUACCGGAGCCUGGAGGAUUGCUGAUUUUAAAACCGCCAGUCGUAAAUACAUACACCUUGAAGCAUGUUGAUACUGAGGAGAAAAUUAAGAAGUUGAAUGUGGAAGCCCCGGUUAAGCGCUGGAAUGUUCGAUCGUCUUCCAUCUUUGCUGAAACCAAGAUCAGUCCUGAAGCUCUUGUGCAGUCAUUGGAUUUAGACGCCACUCAGAGCCCUGUUCCCAUUCAGAAAGGAGAUCAAGAUGCUACAGGUGCUUCUUCAGCCAGCCCUGCUCCAGAGAGGCGGAGGAAACCAAAAUUUAGAGCAAGUGAAAAUGACGUUCUUGUUACUGAGGUCUUAAGAAAUCGAAGGCAUUUAUUUGGAAAUGCCAGUAAACCGUGCCCUGCCAGGAAAGCCAUUUGGCAGGAGAUCACGGCCAAGAUCAAUAGACUGGGGGUUUGGCCAAGGAAUAGACUGGAGGUGCAGAAGCGAUGGUUUGAUAUCCGUGCCAAUGUCAGGAAGAAGGCAAACACCCUUCACGACUCCUUGGCUCCCGACGGAUCUCCACCGUCAGAUCCACUGACUCUCAGGGACCAGAGAAUUCUCGCUACCUUUAACCUGCGUGUCUUCAAAGGAUUCCACAUAGCCUAUUACACUGUGCAUGGAGUCAACAGUGUAACAAAACAAGACUCGGACAAUGAUGAUGAUGAACCACAGGAGCCUGGCAGAAUAACAGCUGUGUCUGUGGAGGAAGGGCAGCUACCACAGCCUAUGGAGGAAGAGAUUCAAGAUCUAGUUGGAGGGAUUAGUGUGCCAAAGGAGGAAGAGGGACUAUCCCCACCGCCUUCAUCAAGUGCCUCUUGUACGCCUCCAGCCCUUGAGUGUCCCAUAGGGCCUCCUACUCGUCUAUUUGAUGCCCCUCCAGUGCCACCUCCAGUUGCCCCCUGUCCAACCGCUGCCAGCUCUGUGCCCCAACACCAACCUCCGUCUUUGAGGAUGCCUCGAACGCCCAGGGGACAGUCGAUUGAAGAUGUUCACAGCAAUGUGGGACGCCUCAUGCAGCUCCAGCAAGAGACAAAUGCGAUCAUGGGCCGGGUGGAGACGCACUUGGCUGACAUGGCUAGCAGUUUAAGGUUGAUGGUUCAGGCCUUUCUGCAGGUCAGCGCUUGCACUUCCAUGGGUCCACAGGUCCCCAAUUCAGAGAUGUGCUCACCGCCACCAGAGUUCCACCCUGCUUCAUGCUCUUCCACCUCACGUUCUCCUGGCAUCUCUCUUUCCCCCAAAGCCAGCCCUUCUUUACCUCUUGGUCUCCCAACUUUUGCACCCUCUUCAGACUCUUCCUUGCUUCACGGUGUCCAAUCAACAGACUGGAAUAAGAAAAUACCUUGAAAUGAAUUAAUUCAUCUUUUGACUGCCACGCAAAUAGACGAUUCCUUCAUUGCCGUGGUAAAAAUUGCACUUUUACAUCGCUCUAUUAAAAUCUAUGUAUAUAAUAUAAGAGAAAACACUCCGGUACAGUGACAAAAAGUUUUGGACGGGAAAUCAGAAAGCUGCAGCAACUGUGGAGUUUAUGACUUCACUCACACAUAUGUAUAACAAAUCACACUGUAAGAAAGAUAAUGUGAGUUUUAUACAUUUAUAAAGAUUAUACUUACGGUUUAGGUAUUUUUGUAAGUGGAUUGCUGAUAAACAAUGGAUGAUGUUACCAUGUGUCUGUAAUUCAAAUCUGCCUCCAUUAAACCCAGUUGUCUAAGA